AUGGAGACCAAGUCUUACAUGGUUCAGAUGAAUGGGAAUGGAGUUUGUGGCAAAACUACGGUAAAUGGAAAAACCCUAAAUGAAAAUGGAGUGAACAGAAAUGGGGUGCACGGGAAUGGCGUCCACCAUGUCAACAUCAAAGGUGCCUUAUACCUGACCAAAUCUAAGAGCCGGAGGCAGAGGUGGGAGGUGAAGCCUUCGGAGAUGGCUAACAACACGCUCAACCCCAUCAGGGCCAUCGUGGACGGGAUGAAGCUCACCCCGAACCCGGACAAACCCAUGAUCGCACUUUCUAUCGGGGAUCCCACUGUGUUUGGAAACCUGCCCACAAAUGGUGCAGUGCUUCAGGCCAUGAAGGAUGCCAUAGACUCCCAAAAAUACAACGGCUAUGCUCCCUCUGUCGGUUACCUGCAGAGUCGGCAGGCGGUGGCAAACUUCUACAGCUGCCCUGAGGCUCCACUAGAGGCAGAGGAUGUGAUUCUGACCAGCGGCUGCAGUCAGGCCAUCGACCUGGCUAUCAGUGUGUUGUGCAACCCAGGAGACAAUAUCCUGGUACCGUGCCCAGGCUUCUCCUUAUAUAAAACUCUGGCUGUUUCCAUGGGCAUCGAGGUCAAACUCUACAACCUGCUUCCGGAGAAGUCGUGGGAGGUUGACCUGCAGCACAUGGAGAGCCUGAUUGAUGAGAGGACUUCCUGUCUAAUCAUCACCAACCCAUCCAACCCGUGUGGCUCUGUUUUCAACAAGAAGCACCUGCAGGAGAUCCUCAAAGUGGCCUCCAGACACUGUGUCCCCAUCCUGGCUGAUGAGAUCUACAGUGAUAUGGUUUUCCCAGGAUGCAGUUCUCCUUCAAUGGCAUCCCUCAGCAGUGAUGUCCCCAUCCUUUCCUGUGGUGGUUUGGCUAAACGCUGGCUGGUGCCUGGCUGGAGGAUGGGAUGGAUCCUCAUCCAUGACAGGAAUGAUAUAUUUGGAACUGAGAUUCGACAGGGUCUGGUAAAACUCAGCCAGCGUAUUCUGGGAGCCUGCAGCAUCGUUCAGGGGGCGCUGGAGCGAAUCCUCAACAACACUCCUCAAAGCUUCUACAACAACACCAUCAGCUUCCUCAAGUCUAACUCAGAGAUUUGCUUCAGCGAGCUGUCCUCCGUCCCCGGCCUGAACCCUGUCAUGCCUUCAGGAGCCAUGUACAUCAUGGUUGGGAUCGACAUGGAUCACUUCCCAGAUUUUAAGAACGAUGUGGACUUCACCGAACGGCUGGUGACUGAGCAGUCUGUCUUCUGUCUGCCUGCUUCUGCGUUUGAGUAUCCCAACUUCUUCCGCAUUGUGGUGACAGUCCCGGAGGAGAUGAUGCUGGAGGCUUGUGCUCGGAUCAGGGAGUUCUGCCAGAACCACUAUCGCCCCCCCAGCCGUGACAGCAAUGACCUGGACCAGUAA